AUGCCGAGUAUGUUAUAAUACCAAGAACGGUUGUGUGUUUAAAUCGCGCACCUUUCGUUUUUCAGCCACCCACUUAACUGGUUUGACGGUGCAUAGUCAAACUCUUCAUUGUUUAUGAUUUAGACACAGUUUAUAGCACUUACCCCUGUCUUGUCUUACUUUUUCCUGUGUUUAGCAACCAGUUCCACUUACCCCCAAUCACCAUGACAACCAGUCCAACUGGUAUUCCUGGUUCAAUUCACCUGAAAUGGAAUCCCAGGAAUUUAGAUAUUCGAACAAAGUCAGUGGAAAAAACACUAGAACCUUUAGUUACGCAGGUCACAACACUGGUCAGUCAGAAAGGUCCAGUCAAAAAGAAGAAAGGACAUUCCAAAAAAGCCCACGUUCUCAGUGCUGCUGUGCAGAAAGCUACGGAAAACUUUAUUGAACGUGGUGAAGAGAUCGCAGAAGAAAAUCCUGAGAUUCGAGAAGACAUGUUGCUUGCUGUAGAGGAUGUCCGUAAAACUGGUGAUGAAAUGGGAAGAGCCUCUCAAGAAUUUGCUAAUGAUCCUUGUUCUUCCGCUAAACGAAGUGCUAUGGUUCUAGCAGCUAGAGGACUUCUCUCAGCAGUGACUCGUCUUCUAAUCUUGGCAGAUAUGUCUGAUGUGAAUCAUCUUCUGAAGACUUUACAUAAUGUUGAAAAUGAUUUGGAUCGUAUAAAGAAUGCCAGCAGUCAACAUGAACUUUUAGCAAGUUUUGAUGACUUUGGGAAAAGUGUCCAACAGCUGUCAGACAGGGCAGCUAAAAGACAAGCUGAUUUAAAAGACCCACGGCGUAGAGACGACUUGGCUUCUGCUCGUGCUGUGCUAAAGAAGAACAGUAUGAUGCUUUUGACCACUUCUAAGGCUUAUGUGCGACAUCCGGAACUUUCUGCAGCCCGAGAGAAUCGUGAUUUCGCCUGUAAGCAGAUGUGUGAUGCAGUAAAUUUAAUCUCCGAUGUUGCACAGGCCGCUGGUGUUUCCGAUGUCCAUCCAUAUGAACAUCAGGGAGAACUAGCUGCUGCCCUGGAUGAAUUAGAUCAAAAACUCAUAAUGGAUCCUCUGGCCUAUAACGAAGUUCACAGCCGACCGUCUUUGGAAGAACGUUUGGAGAGUAUUGUUAGUGGUGCAGCCAUCUUAGCAGAUUCUUCUUGCACCCGGAAUGAUCGACGCGAAAAAAUCAUACAGGAGUGCAAUGCUGUACGCCAGGCAUUACAAGACUUACUCACAGAAUAUAUGGAUAAUUGUGGUGGCAAGAACAAUGUUCAUUCAAACAAGCAGUCUGGUAAGAAAGAACCAAGUGCUGAACUAGAAGAUGCUAUUGAGAAUUGGCAGAAAAAAUCUAGAGAUUUAAGACGUCAGCUAAGGAAAGCUGUUGUGGAUCAUGUAUCUGAUUCCUUUCUGGAAACCAACGUUCCUCUUCUUGUGCUCAUUGAAGCAGCCAAAGCUGGUAAUGAGAAUGCGGUAGAAGAGUUUGCAGUCAUAUUUACUGAACAUGCUAAUAAGCUUGUAGAGGUAGCUAAUCUUGCCUGUUCAAUGUCCAGCAAUGAAGAAGGUGUCAAGAUGGUUCGUAUUGCUGCAGCUGAAAUAGAAAGUCUCUGCCCCCAAGUAAUCAAUGCUGCCAGAAUCUUGGCCGCUCGUUCACAUUCCAAAGUAGCCCAAGAAAACAUGGCAACAUUUAAAGAAGCAUGGGUGAAGCAAGUACAACUCCUUACUGAAGCUGUAGAUGAUAUUACCACUAUUGAUGACUUCUUAGCUGUGUCAGAAAACCAUAUCUUAGAAGAUGUGAACAAAUGUGUUAUUGCAUUACAAGACAAAGAUGCUGAUACCUUAGAUAGAACGGCUGGUGCCAUUCGAGGGCGAGCAGCUCGUGUAAACAAUGUUGUGAUUGCAGAAAUGGACAACUAUGAACCUGGGCGUUAUGUUGAAAAUGUAAUGUCAUAUGUUAAAUUGUUAAGAGACCAAGUGAUGCCAAAUUUUGCUCAGAAAGUUGAAGUAGCUGUGAAUUCUCUGAAUUCCUCAUCGAAAGAAAUUGAUGAAAAUGAGUUCAUUGAUGCCAGUCGCCUUGUUUAUGAUGGUGUUCGUGAUAUUCGGCAGUCUGUGUUACUCAGCAGAAAUCCUGAAGAAAUCGAUUCUGAUACUGAAAUUGAAUUUGAAGAUGAUACCAAGAGUAAAUCAAGUUUCAUAACAGAACAAGAUUAUAACAGCAAGAGUGACCGAGCUAUAAUGAGGGAUCUUCCAGAGGCUGAAAGGGUCAAAAUUGAACAACAGGUUGAUGACUUCCGUAAAGCAAAAGCAAAAUUAGACCGAGAAGUGGCAAAAUGGGAUGACAGUGGCAAUGAUAUUAUUGUUCUUGCUAAACAGAUGUGUAUGAUUAUGAUGGAAAUGACAGAUUUUACCAGGGGGCGUGGACCUUUGAAAAGCACAAUGGAUGUUAUUAGUGCUGCCAAGAAAAUUUCCGAAGCUGGAACACAAAUGGAUAAAAUGGCAAAAACUAUUGCAGAUCAGUGUCCAGACUCUGUGUCCAAGAAAGAUCUUCUGGCAUAUCUCCAGCAAAUUGCAUUAUAUUGCCAUCAAUUAAAUAUAACCAGUAAAGUGAAAGCUGAUGUACAAAGUGCUAGUGGGGAAUUGAUUGUGUCUGGGCUUGACAGUGCCACAUCCCUUAUUCAAGCUGCCAAAAACUUAAUGAAUUCAGUAGUUUUGACAGUGAAAGCUUGUUAUGUUGCUUCAACUAAGUACAAAAGUAGCUCCGUUUAUAACUCUGUAGUUUUGUGGAAGAUGAAAGCUCCUGAAAAGAAACCUCUAGUACGGAGAGAAGAUCCAUCUGAACUAAAGGCUAUUGUACGCAAAGGUGCUCAGAGGAAGCGCAUACAACCUGUCAAAGCUCUGAAUGAAUUUACAGAAUUAAGCAUCUAAAUCUCCUGUUUGCUGGUUGUGGAUGAGUUGCAGAAGAAAAAGAAAAUGACUGUAUUUUAGUAAUCAUCAUCAUUAUCAUCAUCAAGAAAUACAUAGUGCUUGGAAAUAUCACAUUGUUUACAAAUAUAUAAUUGGUUUUAUAAUGUAUUAAAGAUUAAAAUUUGUGAACAACGUAUGUAUGUAUGUAUGUAUGUAUGUAUGGAUAUGUGUGCAUGUACAUAAGAUCGUCUGACUUACUGUCUGAUUGAUAGUUACAAAGAAUUAUAAACAAUGUUUUUGCCUGAAAAAAGAGAUGUUAAAGGUUCCUGAUCAACAAAUUUUAUUUCGAAUAUUCUGAAAGUGUUAAACAUAGGCAUCUGACUAUCUUGUUAAACUAUAAUGAAGUUGUGUUGCUUGAUGUCAUAUUGAAAAGUUUCUGACUGUUUGUGUCCUUUUCUUAGAAUGAAACAGGAGGCCACAAACUGUGUGGAACUGGUUGUUAUUUAAGUAAUAGACCCUUCACCUCUCCAGAGCACAGUUGUAAACUACAGGCGAUGAAGCCCUAACAUGUUUUGGUACUAUUGAUAUUGUUGCAGUUGCCAGAACCAUCCAGGAUUGUCUGACUUAUUUGAAAUAUGGUGUGAUAUGAUGUGAUAUUACAGUGGGUCGGGGAGCUUAUUCUCACAUCUGUUCUAUAAUGCAUUUCUUAGUUUGACACAAAGGCUUUUUGAAGUGGUGUCAGAUCCAGUUGAAUUUUCUUCAAUACAUGCCUCAUAUUUUAACCCCAAGUGA